AUGUAUUGCUUAACAAAUACACAAAACUAACAUGCACAGGUUAAGGUCACACAUAUAACAACGAAAUCAUCACUUCAUAGAUUAGUCUCAAAUCUGGUUCCACGCGCACCGGCCGGCAAAAUGAGGCAGAUAUUUUAUAUACUAUGCAUACUGCCUUUCACCGCAUUGGCAAUGUCCAAUGGAAAAACCACAGAGACGUUGCUUCAAGAAGGCAGUAAUCAAUUUACUACAAAAAUGUUUACCGAAGUAACGAAAGCGAAUCCCCAGAAGAGCACUGUCAUGUCUGCAAUAUCUGUUAUGGAACCUCUUGCUGAAUUAUCGCUAGCGUCGGUUGGUGAAUCACACGAUGAACUUCAAACAGCAAUCGGAACAACUAGUGAUGAGACUACAAAGGCAGUUUUCUCAUAUGCUAACAAGGAAUUGAAAGCAUCUGAAGGGAUCACACUAACAACAGCUAGUAAAAUUUAUGUUGGAGCCAAUUAUAAACUAAAUGACAACUUCGUCGCUGUGUCAAAAAAUGUUUUUGAUUCUGAAGUUCAAAAUAUAGACUUUGAAGAAAACGUAAAAGCAGCUACAGAAAUUAAUACAUGGGUCGAAGAUAAGACAAAUAAUCGAAUUAAGGAUUUGGUUGACCCUAGGAGCAUCGAUGGAAACACAAAAGCUAUUUUAGUUAACGCCAUUUACUUCAAGGGUGCAUGGGCAGACCCUUUUGAAAAAGAAUUGACGGAGGACAAAGAUUUCUACGUGAGCAAAGACAAUGUAAUCCAAGUACCCAUGAUGUACCAAAGAAGCCAUUUCGAUUAUGUUGAAAGUGAAGAACUUAACUGUCAAAUAAUUGAAAUUCCAUACAGGGGAUAUCAAGCUUCCCUCGUUGUUGUUCUUCCACGUGAAGUUGAUGGUAUUGUAGAGCUAUUAGAAAAACUAAAGGACCCCAAUGUUGUAGACAACGCCUUGAAACAAAGAAAUUAUAGAACUGAAGUAAAACUGAGAUUACCAAAGUUUAAAAUUGAAACCACUACUAAUUUGAAAGACGUUCUCACAAAAAUUGGUGUCACAAAACUGUUCGACCCAUCAGAAGCUAAAUUAAAUAACCUGUUGAAGGACGGCGAAGGUUUAUUCAUAGAUUCGGCUAUACAGAAAGCGUUUUUGGAAGUAAAUGAAGUAGGCACUGAAGCUGCUGCUGCAAAUGUAUUUAACGCUGUUGGAGCCAGUUUCAUCUUGGACCCACCACCGCCAAAGGAUUUCAACGCUAAUAGACCAUUCUACUACGCUAUUAAAAUGAACUCAUUGACUCUAUUCAACGGAGUGAUGUAUGGAGUUUAAACAAACGUGUACAAUACAAAUAUACUUGAAAUGUUUAAUCUUGAAA